UUCGGGUCGCGAUAAGCCCUCGUCCCCAAAACAAACACCAACAACCAUGACCCAAUUCUACAUCCGUCUCCAAGAAGGAAUCUGCGGCGGCAUCAAGCCCGCAACACCCCGUCUUUUGCUCGAAAUCACCUCUCCCGGCGAGGGUGCACCAUCCAUCAAGAGUUCGGAGAGGAAGCAGGGGACGAAGGUGUUUAAGGAGCAGUCUGCCGAAGUUUCUGCUGAGCAGAUUAAUGGCCUCGCGUCCGAGCUGAAGGAGGUCCUUGCGGGACUACCGACGGAGAAGCCAAGAGGUGCAGAGGAUAUCUACGGUCUUGAUACCAGUAUCUUCUUCGGCUCAGAUGAAUUGGAGUGGAGAAAUGGUGGCCCAGAAGGAUGCACACCAGGCCUCUACGAAUCUGACAUCCAGCCCACUGCUGCACAGAAGGCGAAGUUCAAGGAUUUGGUGGAGAAGAUCAAGGCGAUUGCCAGUUCGAGCUUGCAGUAA